AUGUCAGGCCGAGGAAAGGCUGCUGGAAAGAAGGCAGUGAGCAGAUCAGCAAAGGCAGGACUUCAAUUUCCUGUGGGUCGUAUAGCCCGUUUCCUCAAGGCUGGAAAGUAUGCCACUCGGGUUGGUGCCGGUGCUCCAGUGUACCUUGCUGCAGUCCUCGAAUACCUAGCUGCUGAGGUUUUGGAGCUUGCCGGGAACGCCGCCAGGGAUAACAAGAAGACUCGCAUUGUCCCGAGACACAUUCAGCUGGCCGUGAGAAACGACGAGGAGCUCAGCAAGCUAUUAGGAAUGGUUACCAUUGCUGCUGGUGGUGUUUUACCAAACAUCCACUCCGUCCUGCUUCCGAAGAAGUCGGCGGCUGACAAGGGCGAGACCCCAGAAGUUUAG